UUAGUCUGCUUCAGAAAUGGAUUCUUCAAUGGCAAGUGCUGGUGGUUCUGCUGAUGAAGGUUCUCAAAGCCAUAACAAUGGAAGGAAAACCUCCUACAAACGUCUCUCUUCUUCUCAAACAUCAAGACUUGAAAGGUUCAUCAAGGAUUGCCCACACCCUGAUGAGGCGCAACGACGUCAAUUGGCUGCUGAGAUUGGUCUUGAGCCAAGACAAAUAAAGUUCUGGUUUCAGAAUAAGAGGACCCAGAUCAAGAAUCAACACGAGAGAGCAGAUAACACUGCUCUUCGAGUUGAGAAUGAUAGGAUACACACAGAAAAUGUUACAAUGCAAGAGGCCUUGAAGAGUAUGCUUUGCCCAUCUUGUGGGGGACCACCGUGUCUUGAAGGAGAUCGUGAACAUGCUAUCCAUAAUAUGAGACUUGAAAAUAUGCACCUAAAGGAAGAGCAUGAGAAGGUGUCUCGUCUACUUUCGAGGUACUUGGAGAGCCAGAUGUUACCACCUGAUCAGUUCCAACAGGGUUUUUUCCCCAUCAUAGGAUCAAGUUCAAAUGCUGCAGGACUUGGAAAUCCACUGAACCAAGUGAUCGGUGGAAGUUCGAGUCAUGAUCCAAAUCUUGCUUUGCAUAUGAUGGAUGGUGGCCAUAAUUUAUUUGCGAGUGAAGGCAUAGAAAAAAACCUUAUGGCUAAGGUUGCUGCUACCGCAAUGGAUGAGCUAGUUAGGCUUGUUCGGAUUAAUGAGCCCUUUUGGAUUAAGUCUUCAUCUCAAGAUGGCAAGCUCUGUCUACUGCUUGAAAACUAUCAAAAAAUGUUCCUAAAGACCAAACAUUUCAAAGGGCCAAACGUGCGUAUUGAAGCAACAAAAGAAUCAGGAAUAGUGAACAUUAAUAGCCUUCAGCUUGUUGACAUGUUUCUUGAUUCGGACAAAUGGGUGAAUUUGUUCCCAACAAUUGUCUCAAAAGCAGAAACACUGAAAGUAAUCGAAAGAGGUUUGCCAGGAAACCGAAGUGGAGCCUUGCAGCUGAUGUUCCAGCAAAUGCAUGUUCUUUCACCCUUUGUGCAACCUCGUGAAUUUCAAUUCCUUCGUUUCUGUCAACAAAUUGAAGAAGGCCUGGUGAUAGCAGAUGUAUCAUUUGAUUCCUUCCAGCAAAAACCCUCUAUUUUUCAGUCUUGGAAACAUCCCUCUGGAUGCUUGAUCCAGGAACUGCCUAAUGGGUGCUCCAUGGUUACUUGGGUUGAGCACAUGGAAGUGGAUGAUAAAAUCCAAACACAUCCGCUGUACAAAGAUAUUAUUGUUAAGGGCGUUGCAUACGGAGCUGAAAGGUGGAUUAUGGAACUUCAAAGAAUUUGCGAGAGAUUUGCUGCCUUUUAUGUUGAAAAGAUACCUGAUCAUGACGCUGCAGGAGGUCAAACUUUCUCAUAUUUAACUCAAAACCCUAACACUUUGAUCAAUUCUCUUGAGGGAAGGCGAAGUAUAAUGAAUUUUUCUCAUCGUAUGCUGAAAAUCUUCUGUGAAAGUAUAACCAUGGCAGAUGGCUUGGACUUUCCGCUUUGUGAUCUGGCGAACACUAGUGGGGUUAGGGUCUCUAUUCGCGAAAGCAAAAUCAAUGGACAGCCAAGUGGCAUGAUUGUUGCAGCUGCUACCUCCAUUUGGCUUCCUCUCCAUUAUAUGAAAGUUUUUGAGUUCUUCCUAGAUGAUAAAAACCGUGCUCAGUGGGAUGUUCUUACCUGUGGAAAUCAGGCACACAAGGUGGCACACAUCUCAAAUGGAAUUCACCCUGGGAACUGUGUAUCUGUUAUUCGGCCAUUCAUCCCUAGCGAGAACAAUGCACUGAUUCUUCAAGAGAGUUUCACAACCCCGAUGGGAUCGUAUGUUAUAUAUGCGCCAACUGAUGUAGCAACUAUGACUGCGGCCAUAAUGGGAGAAAACUCUUCAAUGUUACCGGUUCUUCCAUCAGGUUUUGUGAUCUGUCCAGAUGGAGAACCAAAUUCAGCUAUGGCAUUUGAUGGUGCAGAUACUGAAAGAUUGGGAGGGUCAUUGCUGACUGUGGCAUUUCAAAUACUAGCUAGUGCUGAUGGACGCAAUAUGCCAAAUAGGAAAGCUGGAGCAGCUGUCAACUCUCUUUUAACCUCAACUAUUCUCAGAGUCAGGGAUGCUCUCAACUGCAACAACUAG